ACAGUUGUAGAUAGAGUGAAUUUUUGUUCGGGUUUCACAAAAAGGCGAAUUUUAGUUUUGUUUCUAUAGAUUCACCUAAAACAAAUGUUUCAGAACUAUGAACCUAAGCUAUGUAUACUUCAACAUGGCAGAAUCUGUAUAAUUUGAUGACAUUUUAACACAGGGCCAUGGAUUCAUUAGCGGCUUCACCUGAGGUCACUUACAAUUGGGUUGACAUAACGUCAGACUUCUUCAAACACAUCCAAGAUCUUCGCUUGGGUGAGUUGUUACAUGAUGGCCACCUAUUUGGCUUAUUUGAGGCCAUGUCGGCCAUCGAGAUGAUGGAUCCGAAGAUGGAUGCAGGGAUGCUGUGUAAUCGUGGCAGUCCCAAGCCACUUAACUUCCAACAGGCUGUUGCAGCAGGCAAACUGAAAAUAAAUGACCUGGAGCCGAGCGAGCUGAUAGGCAUCAUAGAUGCAACCAUGGCGUGCAUCGUAUCCUGGCUAGAAGGUCACUCGCUAGCUCAGACAGUCUUCACAAACCUGUAUCUGCAUCAGCCUCACUCCGUCAACAAUAAGACAUUGAAAGCAUACUGCAUUGCAGUGUAUAAACUUCUGGAUUGUAUUAGAGAUUGUAUUAACAAGGCCCAGGUAUUUGAAGAAGAGGAUUUCCAACCAAUGGGGUAUGGUUAUCGUCUGGGCUCGAACCCGCAGUCAGGAAACAACUACGGCGCGAGCCUUGAAGUCAGCGAGCAGAAGUGUAUCGCAUUGCUUAGGGAGCAGGAGGAAGAACUCAACAAGAAGGUCCGCAGUUCUGAUGAUGAGGCCAACAACCUCUGGGCAGGCCUGCAGGCCCGGAUCAGGUUUACCAGAAUGUUCUACCAAGCUCUCCUGCUGAUCACCAAGCGAGACUCCCAGUCCGGGGCUGACUGCGUGGCUCUGCUCAACGGAUGCUCUGAGAUGAUGAAGGUCAUCAUCAAGACAUCCGGGAAAGGAACGCAACCUGUGGAGAAUUCGGAUUCCCCAAACCCAAUGGGGUUCGAGCCGAUGAUCAACCAGCGGUUACUCCCGCCGACGUUCCCUCGUUACACUCGUAUCAAGCCGCGGGCCGAGGCGCUGCAGUACUUCGACGAGCUGGUGGCCAGGCUGCGCCACGCGUGGAAGAUCACCUCUUGCACCAACUUCCAUACUGCGCUGGACUUCUUCAUGGAGUUCAGUCGCCAGCGCGCGUGCAUCCUGUCCCGCUCGGCGCUCCAACUGCUGUACCUCAGCCCGUCUCCAGCGACUACAGCGUCUAUGGCCCAGAGCGCCAUGAACGGCCCAGUGGGCGCGCCUCGGCCCCACCACGCCUUCGUCGAGAUCUUACGAGACUCGGUCAAGAGCUUCGUCAACCCACCUGCCCUGAUGCCCACCUAUCGGGGAGUGAGUCCGAUGAUACAUGCGCGGGAGUUUGUCGAGAACUUUCUGGCGAGGUGUGUGCGGCCCUUCGCUGUGCUGCUUCAAGUGUGCGGACACAACCGCGCGCGGCAACGAGACAAGCUCGCUUUACUGUUGGACGAGUUCGCCGCUUUGCAAGAAGAGGCGGAGAGCGUAGACGCAGUAGUGAGCGGCGCGGCGGGCACGGCGGCGCGAGCCUGCUUCGGCACCUGGAUCUUGUACCACGUGCUGCGGGUCAUGAUCGCUUACCUGCUGUCCGGGCUCGAGCUCGAGCUGUACAGCGUGCACGAGUACCAUUACAUAUUCUGGUAUUUGUACGAGUUCUUAUAUGGCUGGCUGGUGUCAGCUCUGGGUCGCGCGGAAGGCUUGGCGGGCGAGGGCGCCAAGCGAGGCGACGCCAAACGCAGCGGCUCGGCGAGGAAGCAGAAGAAACGCACGCGACCUUACGCGCGCGAGGGGUUACUAUGUCAAGUCAUGCAGAAUAUGUGCGGCGGGUACUAUAAGGCGCUAGUAGCGUUCAAGUUGCAAGGCAAGAUCCGCACGCCUCAGUCUGAGUUCGACAACGAGGCUGUACGGUACAAGCACCGGUUCGGGCCGCUCUCCGUGCUCACCCCGCCGCAGGUUCACUACCACGAGUUCUGCGAGAUGACGCAGCCGUUGCAGGAUGAAAAUCCGGUAAUACUGUACCUGGGCGGCUGCAAGCACUUCCAGCAGGCGCGGUCACUCUUGGAGACGGUCACCACUCCUGACCAAGAGGUAACAGAUCUCCUUAAAGUAGCCAAAACAAAUUUCGUAGUUUUGAAGUUGCUAGCGGGAGGACACAAGAGGGACUCGACGGUGCCACCAGAAUUUGACUUUUCUGUACAUAGACAUUUUCCUAUCAUAAAACUAGUGUAAACAUAAGUAUAGCUAUGAGGUUUAUCAUUUAUCCGAAAUUAAUUUCGCUCAGACUGAACAUGUGACAAUCAGGAAUGUAAAGAAUUUAGCGCCAAAUAUUUAAGUAGCUCUAUUCGAAUAUUAAUCGUGAAUUCGGUUGUAAAUAGUCAUUAAUUAUGUACAUCGCAUCAAAAUGUCUUAAAGCAACAUCGUUGUAUGUGGAGCUGUUUUAAAAUGUAUCUAUAUGAAUUAUGAAGUGCAAUAAAUGAAUUGAAAAUCA